AUGGAGCUGUGGUCACUCUGUGUGAUGAUCUUGUUUAUUUCACUUAUCCAAGUUGGAAAAGCUCAAGAUAAUAAACCAGUUCUGACUGUGCAGCCAAACGCACCACAAAUAUUCAGAGGAGAGACGGUUACACUCUCAUGUAGAAUUUUGGGAGGAAGUGGACCAUACUAUUGGUACAUAGAUGGUGUUUAUGUUCACCUCUCUGCUGAAAAUGUCUACAAUAUAAAAGUAGAUCAGAGUCACAGAUACAGAUGUUUCGGGUUUAUAGAUGGACAGUCAACGACAAGUAAUGAAGUGACUCUCUCAGUGAUAGAGAGUCCUAAAGCUGUAGUGACCAUAAAGCCUGACAAACAUGUGUUCAGAGGAGAGACUGUGACUCUCCGGUGUAAAAUAAAGGGAGGAGGAGACACUGAGUGGACAUACAGCUGGUAUAAAAAUGAUGACAAACUCUACAGAGAACACAAAAUACAGGAGUUCAGCCUCAGGUCAGUUAGAAAUGAACACAGUGGUAACUACACCUGCAGAGGGAGGAGAAGCAGUGACACUCAGAGCUCAGAGAUCAGUGAUGCUGUUACUCUCACUAUAUCAGAUGUAGCAGAGGCAGUAGUGAGUGUGUCUCCAUUGAGCUGGCUGACUGAAGGAGAUUCAGUGACUCUAAGCUGUGAGGUUAAACACUCCUCUACAGGCUGGACAUUCAGCUGGUACACAUAUGUUCUCUACAGAGACAGUCAGGGUUUCAUCAGGUACAAUAGAGAACUCCUCUCAGACAGCAGCAGAGGAUCUGGAGGCUCCUACACUCUCAGUCCUGUUACUCUGAAUCACACAGGAGUUUAUGUGUGCAGAGCAGAGAGAGGAGUCUUUCACACACCGUACAGCAAACUACAGCCACUGUGGAUCACUGGUGAAUCUCCUCCAGUGUCUCUGAUCAUCAGUCCGAACAGAACUCAAUACUUUACUGCUGAUUCUCUCUCACUGAGCUGUGAGGACCAGAGUGACUCUACUGGAUGGACAGUGAGAAGAUACAGAUACAUUGAGGAAUUGGUCACUUGUUCAUCAGUUUCAGGAUCUACAUGUAACAUCAACUCCCUCUCUACAUCACACACUGGAGUUUACUGGUGUCAGUCUGAAUCUGGAGGACGCAGUAAUCCUGUCAACAUCACAGUGCACAAUGGUGCUGUGAUCCUGGACAGUCCUGUCCAUCCUGUGACUGAGGGACAUCCUCUGACUUUACGCUGUUUAUCUCACACCAAAAAGAUCUUAGACUCUGGUGUUGAUUUCUAUAAAGAUGAUUCCAUCCUCCAGUCCCAGACUACAGGAGAGAUGACCAUCAGUAGUGUCUCAAAGUCAGAUGAAGGUUUCUACCACUGUAAACACCCAGAGAGAGGAGAGUCACCAAAAAGCUGGGUUUCAGUCAGAUUGCAAAGUCCCGGGUCCAACACUGUACCAGUAGCUGUGGCUGUGGGACUGAGUUUGGCCUUGCUGUUCAUCAUCCUUUUACUGAUCCUGCUGUGGAAACACAAAUCCAACAAAGGAAAGGACAGAGGCAUACAGCAGAACAGCAAUCAGACACCAGGCCAGAGUCAGUCAGGAGCUGAGGAUUCUCAGUCAGGAUACACACCGCUUCAAACCGAUCAUGAUGCUGGACCCAGUGAUGUAACUUACGUUGAGCUUGAACUGAAGGCACAGAAAAAAGCAAGGAAAAAACAAGUGAAAGCCAAUGUCGAACCUGAUACUGUUUAUUCAGAACUGAAGCAGAACACAUAG